AGCCAGGAGUUUGUGGUACUGACAUUAUUAAAAUAACUAAGAGAAAGGCUCAGACAAAUAUUCCAUAGGAUAUUAUGACUUAUAAAACUUAUAUAAUAAAUCACACAAUAUAUUCAACUGAAAGUGUGUCAAUCAAGAAUGUGCGCACAACAUCUACAGAUUUUUUAAAGUUGAUUUUUAAAUUGAAAUAGACAUGAUAUUAAGUCAUGACAUUUUAAGAUUUUAGUGCAUUAAAAAGCAUGUUUUAAAAAGAAAGGAAACAUUUUUCUUAUUUGUGAAAGAUCUCUUUAUUUUACAGUAUAUGCCUCUGCACUGCAACUCAUUUUUACAGCUAAAUAAACAUCGGGUGAUUUAGUCGGCUCACCUCAAGCUCUGAUUGGUGGACUGAACACAGAAGGGGUCUAUUGAGCCCCGCUAGAGGAAUUUCGGGUGUUCAUGUUACUCUGACCCCUCAUCUCAUCUAUACCUCUCUCUAAUCCCUCUCUCCACAUCUGAAAACCUAGUGAAGUAAAGUUUGUUUGUGGGAUAUUCUCCAGUAUGAUUUGGAGGACGGUGCAACUUACAUUUCUUAUUUCUUUUUUGAUCAUUCAGUAUGCAGGCAUGUGUCAAAAGGUUGAACCAAACCCACAGAAGAGAUCAAACGCCAAACCUAAAGCUGGGAAUGGGAAAGCUAUUGCUGCUAAAGCUAAAGUGAAAGGCAGCCCUCAGACUCCUAAAACAGAUCAGAAACAUCAUCUCACUCAGGUGGUAAACAAGGGAAAGUUUCAGAAAGUUGGAGACACGCUGACCGUUCAAGCGGGUGAUACAUUAGAGAUGAGAUGUAAGGGAAAUCCUGUCCAAUGGACGGUUCCUGCAUAUCUACAAGAGGAUGAUGAAGGACGACUCAAGAUGAUUCAACAUGAACGUUAUGGCACGCUGACUUUGACAAAUACAACAGGAGCAGAUACAGGAGAGUACACCUGCUAUCCAAUGUACUGUGAGGAUAAAGACUGCAGAAAAGAUUAUGACAAAGCCAUCAAAGUCUUCAUCUUUUUCCCUGAUCCUCAGGAGUUGUUUGUACCGUCCUCUAAUUAUUAUGAGAUCAUUCAACUUCGUACAAACUGGCCCACCGCCCUGCCCUGUCAGGUGACGUCCCCGCUGGCAAAGGUAACCCUGCACCGAGAGUUUCCUCCAGCCGAGAUAAAGGUGGACGGAAAGGAAAUAUCAUUUGACGUCAAGAAGGGCUUUACAAUCCACAGACCCAAGCAAUAUCACGCCGGAUCUCUUUACUGCGUAGGCAGCCUCGGAAACCUUCGCCAGAGCUCAACCAAGUUCAUGCUGAUCUAUGUCAACUAUCCAAUGGCACCUCCGUCUCCUGUGAUUCAAACCUCCAGUGAUAGUGUGACAGUAGGACAGGAUCUUCAGGUGACGUGCACGGUAGUGGGAGAACAGGACGUGCUGGUGGAUUUUAACUGGGAAUAUCCUGGACAGAAGAUUGGGCGCCCGCUGUACACCCGGGACACUGUACAGAUAGUUCAGGUGGACGGGCAGAACCGACAGCGUUCUCAGACGCUGCUGCUGGUAGAUGACAUCAGACAGGUUGAUCAAGGCACAUACACCUGUACAGCUCAGAACCUGGAAGGGUCCAAAUCUGCAUCCACAUCUGUUAAAGUGCAGUCUGCAGGCACCGCCGGCAGGCCCAAAAAAACAUGAGGGAAAUCCAUCCUUCAGAUAUCACAACAACAUUUGUGUUUUUAACAUGCCUGGUCAAUAUUUUCAGUCAUAAUGUCCUCUUUAAAAUAAACCACAAUAAUAAUUCUCCAAAUAAACCAUUUAGAAGAGAUAUAUUUGCCAUCAAAUUUGUAGGAAUAUAAUGCAUAAUGACAUAAAAUGAAGCUUGAAAACUCUCUUUACUAAAGCUAAACAAUAUUUCAAAUCAUCCAGCAAUGCAAAUAAAACACAAAAUAUAAUGCCAGCUUCUGUUUUUUCUGUUUUCUACAACAAUUCAAACACUUUUUUAUGAUUGCACUAAACUGAAGCACAUGUAAACUGAAACAACAUUAUGCAUUUUUCAUAAUAAUAAGACUGUGGAUAUUUAAAGGUGUUCUCUUUUGUAAAUACAAUGAGGCCGUUUUCUUAUAGUCCCAGACUAAACUGUUUAAGCUGCCUUCAUUUAGAAACAUCUAGCACAGAUGUAUUUUCGUAUGUCAGCGUUAUUGUUUUGUCUCAAGAUGCUCACCAGUAAUGUUUUUUUUUGUAAAGUAUGCUUGUAAAAACUACUUAAUUUCCUAAUAUAUAUAAGUCCUAGUCCUGGAUUAAUCUAAAAUGGUAAACAGACCCCAUCAGUUCUUUUUUCGUGUCAUAGCUUGAAUAUAACCAGCAGAGGGAGUCAACUUUAUAGUGUUUAAACCAUUAAACCAUUGAUGUGAUGUGAAGUGUUUAAAAGAGUUAUGUAGGCCUAUAUAUAUUUAUAUAUAUGUAUAUAUUCUUCAGAAGUCAAUGAGAUUACACUUUACAUCUAUUUAUCUCUUCAUAAUAAAUGCUGUUUGUAUUUUCCUUUUUAUUGUUUUCUAUGAUGUGACAUUAAAUCAUUCAUGAUGUUUUAUCUCUCAAACUUUAUGUGUGUGUUUAUCUAAACUGAUCAUCUGAGAUACAAAACCAUAUAAUUCCUUAAAGAACAGCAGAGUCCUCCUCGCACCUCAGGCCCAUAAAAGAC